UCGAGUGGGCGUGGCGUGUAGUGGGCGGCUUGGAGUCUUGGCACGUGUAAAUAGACGCUCUCGGAGAUGCUGGCUCUGAUCUUCCUGUUGAAGAGCGAGUUUGGAAAGUCCAGAACAGCCCAACCUGCCAGCCAAGAUGACGAGCACGACUCUCUUCGCUCUGCUCUGUUUUUCGCUGAGCAUCUUCUGCUUAACUGAAGGUUUGAAGCUGCGCAAGAGACGGCAGUCAUGUGAACAUGGGACGUACACAGAUGAAAAGACAGGAUUAGAGUGCUGUCUCUGUCCCUCAGGUUAUUAUGUUCAGGAUCACUGCACUCAGGCAGGAGGUAUUUCAAAGUGUGAGUGGUGCAAGGAAGGCGAAACUUUUAUGGAUCACGCAAAUGGCAAACGAAGCUGUGAACUCUGUUCGCCCUGUGAGGACUCGGCUAACAGGGAGGUUGAGAAAGCAUGCACACUCCUCGCCAACACAGUUUGCCGCUGCAAGGACGGUCACUACUGCGACAAGGGCGACGAGUGCACGGCCUGCUACGCCUGUGACACAUGCAAGUUUGGGGUGAAAGUGCCUUGCAGUAAAACCAGCAACACAGUGUGCAACGAAAAGACAGAGCCCAACGUUGCGGCCAUUGUAGCAGCCGUCGUUGUAUGCAUGGUCCUGCUCGUCUGUGUGACUGUAUUUUUAUGGAAGAAAAAGAAGUUUUGUUUUAAAGGAUCUCCAAAGGAAAUGAUAAUCAGAGCAGAGGUGUUCCCGCUCUUAGAAGAUGUGGACUUGACAGACUUCCUGCCCGAUAUAGCCCAGAAACUGGGCUUGCAAGUGGUGAAAGACGUGACCAGGCGUUCGCAGAUGUUGACUGAUGUUGAGAUGGAGAACGUAGAGCACGAUUACCCCAAUGCAGAGGAACAGACCUUCCAAUUGCUCAGGAAGUGGUAUCAGAAACAUGGGAUGAAAGGAGCCUACAACAGACUCGUCAACAACCUCAUCAGAACAGACCACAAAUUGCCAGCCGAUCAGGUGCAGCAGAUUGUCAAAAAAGGACAAGAAAGACAAGGGUGGGCAUGAAAGUUACACAUUUUUUCUCUGUCCUACACGACUGUCCACUCCAGCAAUUUAAGGACAUGUGAAAAAUCCCAGGAAUCACUUUGGUUUUGUUCACACUGCAAGCGCUCAACUUUUCAAAUCUGUUUUUCUUGGGUUGGUAAUAUUAACUUCUUAAGUUAGCUUAAUGUAAAAUACAUCAACAUAUCCUUGCAGUAAACCUGAUUUUGAAUGGCUGUUUGUUUAACCUACUGGGAUCGACGAAAUUAGAUAUUUCCCGAUGUUACUAUUAAUAUCUUUGCAAUAAUACAGCGCAAUAAUAUGAUUCAGACAUUUCCUGAGUCUGUAGUGUCGCACUUUCGAUUCCUUCUUAUUGCGAGAUCGUACGUGACUCACGUGAAGUUAUGAGCCAAAGUAAUGAGUUGAGAUACACAUCAUCUGCCUCUCACUGUGUGGAUUUGUGUAUCUGUAUACAUUUUGUGUGUAACUGACCAGUGGUCACUCAGGGAAUCACUAAGGUCUUACCUAUCACGUUGGAAACCUUUCAUUUUUCAUUCAGUCGUCUCGGACACGGACAUGAAAUGGUGUGUAAAAAGUUUACAGCCGCUGAAGUUGCGGCAGAGGUUCGGGAAAACAGCGAGGAGGAUAACAUUUAUCUAUUUUAUUCUUACGUUCCAUUACUUUUGUGAACCUAAGACUUGGUGAACCCCAUUUUAAGCACCCCAAAACAGUUUGUCCCACAUGAGUUAUUAAACUUACACGUUUAGGGUCACUGAGAAAACUCAGUGAUGCCAUGCGAGUCUUAAUCUUUGUCAAAUAAGAAAACAAUAAAAGCACAGUUCAGUAAAGGUUGUGCUUGUAUUGCCAACUGUAAUUUGGUGACAAAACUGUGAUUAAUCUAGUAAAAAAGAAUGGAACUGUCAGUGUCACAUGAGAGUUUCUGGCCCUUUGCCUUCGUCUCUGAAGCCAUUUCUCCUGAGGCCGGUUGAAACGGCUGCUGAACGAGAGCUGAGACGUGUUUUUACGCAUGUAUUUCUUAAGACCGAAGUUGUUUUUCAGUCUCAUACCUGUACCACAUAUAGGCCCGAUCCCAUUUCACCCCUCGCCCCUACCACUUAGCCCUUAGCCCUCUGUUUUGCACGUUCAUGUCUAGGGGUAGGGUGUCCCAAUUCUUGUUGCGAUAGAGGG